GGGGCCGGAGGGCGGACCAACGUCCAGCCGAGACAUUGCCGAACAAGGUUUGGCUCGGGUCGGUCAGUCAGAAAUCCCCCCACAUUUCAAAAAAGUUCGGAUACGAAUUUCUUCUGGAUAUUGGUCUCUUGCCAGCGUCCACGAAACUCUGUCCCUCCAACUUCACAUCCUGCUCUUCACCACUCGAGGCGAGCCAACGCAAGGAACCUUGAGGCUAUCAUCACCGACUUCGAUUUCUUCCCGAUUGAAAUACUACCAACCACCGCAAUGGCUGAAUCUGCUGCUUGGCCCAUGGCCGACAAGAAGCUCGAGCAGGAGCUCCUGGAUCUUGUCCAGUCUGCGACCCACGCUCGUCAACUGAAGAAGGGCGCCAACGAGGCCACCAAGACCCUAAACCGUGGUGUCUCCGAACUCGUCGUGCUCGCUGCUGACACUUCGCCUUUGGCCAUUCUUUUGCACAUUCCUCUUCUCGCUGAGGACAAGAACGUGCCCUACGUCUACGUCAAGCACAAGACCCAGCUCGGCCGCGCCUGCGGUGUCAGCCGCCCUGUCAUCGCCGCCAGUAUCACCAGCAACGACGCCAGUGAGCUGGCCGGCCAGAUCCGUGCCAUGCGCGACAAGGUCGAGCGCCUCGCCAUCUAGAGGAUUUGCAGUUGCCGCUAUGAUGGGCGCCUCUGCGACCAAGAUGCGGAAGGGCGUACUGUGGUGUUACAUAGGACUUGGAUGAAACCCGGCUUAUUGUUUAGUGUGAGCAACGGUUGGAAUACUGUUGCGCACUCUAGCACUACGAAUCGAGAAAUUUUGAAGAACUGCGUGCGCAUGUUGAAUCAUCAUUGUGGUGCUGUGAUUAUCGAAUGGGGCUCUUUUUCUUGGAUCUGUCGACGAUGCCAAUUCAAUGUGUCGGUACCGCAAUUCUGUCCUGCCCUGCCUGGAGAAAUCGAUGCUGCGUGGUAGAAUAUCUGGACACCCCAAUAAGCGCCCGAUGACGUUACUCCAACAGAUCACCACGCU